CACAACUUGGUGCUGGGGUUGUCUCAACUUACCAAUGGGUUUCUUGGGUGCAGACUGCUGAAGUGUCACGUUAGGAACUGGUGGUGUUGAUGUGUGAUGGGAAAACAGUGACUGGAUCUUUCAGCAGUGAUAUUGCGAGACAGAGUGGAGCGCAGCAAGUUACUAAGUUUCUGUUUCAUGGUGUGAAUGGUUUAGUAACCUGUCAAAUAGACAACAGAACAGUGGCCAUUGACAAAGAUGCCAAGCUUUACCUCUUCCAUGAACAAGCCUGGUUAAAGCUACAGGAGAAAAUUGAAGAGGUGAACUGUUUAUUGAAGUUCUCUGAAGCCCAAGUGACAAUUUCAUUGGAUGAUGUGGAGAACAAUCAAACCCUUUCUCAGUUCCCGCAUCCUCAGGCUUGUUACAUUGUGUAUGCUGAUAAAUACACAUGCUUAGAAAAAGAAACUAGUAUGGAUAAUGACAACUUUGCUGCAGAGACUAUCGAGUUUAAACUUGUAUUACUGAAUCCAGAUGUAGCGAACAAUCCACUGGAUCACUUCAGUGCAGAAGAAUCUGGGUUACAUGACUUCUACUUCCUCCUUGUAUUGGCUUACUUCAUUGCAGCCUGCAUUUAUGCUCAACCAAUCUGGCAAUCAAUUAAGAAAGGUGGACCAAUGCAUCCAAUAUUGAAGGUUUUGUCUAUUGGAUUAUUGCUGCAGGCCAGUGCAACAGUCACUAACUAUAUGCAUCUGUCGAGAUACUCAGUGGAUGGAAUUGGAGCUCCUUUGCUGGGAAGUUUAGCUGAAUUGUGUGAUAUGAUCUCACAGAAUCAGAUGCUCUACAUGCUUCUGAGUCUAUGUAUGGGAUGGACUCUGGGUAGAAUGGGAAGAACCCAGAGUAGGCUUCUGGAGUGGGACUCAACCCCAACAUCAAAUGCUAUUGCAAUUGCAGCAGUUAUUGCUCAGGGUAUUUUGUUACUUUGGGAGCAGUUUGAAGAUAUUGAUCACCAUAGCUACCAUGCAUACAAUAGCAUGGCAGGUCUGCUGCUCAUUGUUUUACGGGUGUGUCUGGCCCUGCUCUUAACUUCUAGACUUUACCAGAUCAUUACCAUGGAGAGAAGUGUACUUAAGAGAGAUUUCUACAUCAGAUUUGCUAAAGGCUGCAUUCUUUGGUUGCUCUGCCAUCCAGUCUUUGUAGCUGCAUCAGCAGUGUUUGCUGAAUACCAAAGAGAGAAGUUGCUGCCUGAACUGCUGAGUGUCUCCAGGAUUUUCUGUUUAUUAUUUCAGUUUUCCAGCAACAGCAAUUUUAUGAUUUCCUAAAAUGUGUUAAUGUUGAUUUAGCAAGGAUAUAUCUUGAAAUUUGUAAUCACAGUACCAGUCUUAAGUAAAAUAAUUGUCGUUUCUUCCCAGAUUAUUGUUAUUGCUGUCAUUCUCUGUCAGUCUGUCUCCAUGGUCAUCUUGUAUAGACUCUUCCUUUCUCGGAGUCUUUACUGGGAGGUUUCAUCACUUUCUUCAGUUACACUACCUCUCACUAUGUCAUCUGGACACAGAAGUCACUACAAGUCCUAGUGAUGAAAACGUGGCUAAAGUAAGAUUCACUAUUUGUAAUAUGUAGUGAAUUCUAAUAGCAAAGCUAUGGUUUUAGGUAACAUUUUAAUGCAAAUUAAUAUGUACCAAAACAUCAAGGCUAAGUUAUUUACAAAGGCUAAUUCACAUUAAAUGCACUUGAAUCAAUGAAUUUAGGAUAUGGACACAAUAUUUUCAGAGCAGGGCUGCCAUUUAUGUUGCAAAUAGAAUCCUCCCUGUGCCUUUUGUUUUGAAAAAAAAUACUUUAAUUAUGUUUACAUCAAAAUUUGUUUCUGUAAAAGGAUUUGUUAAAUGCAAAAUAUAUCGAAACUCCAUGCAGGAAUAUUAUUGAUUUGUUUCCUGUUCUGCAUUUAUGUAAUCGUUACAAUGUAAUUUUAUGUUUUUGAUCUGUUAUAUUAUCAAAGUUAAUGUAUUUAUACAAUAAAUGUUACCACCUCAGUCCAUAGGAAAACUAAAACACAAAUACAAGAAUAAACAAAAUAUUAUCAAAAUAAGUACUUUUUAUUGUUGAGAUUCAUGGGCAUGUUUCCCAUAAAUCUUAUAAAAAUGUAAUCGUUUUUAUCCUAUGAUUCCUCCGGAAGCCACUGCACAAGUUUUACGAGCAAAAGGAUAGUGAAUUCUUUCAAUGGUGCUGCAUGGUCAGGUGCACACAAGGUGGGGAGUAUUUUCAUAUUUUUGUAACAGAAAUAACUUCUGUGUUGAAGUUCUCAAUCUUGUGACCUUGUUGACAAAUGAUCUAACUUCUUCAGAUUUAUUACCUACAGGGUAUUUCAAAGGAAAGAAUUAAACAGCAUUAGCUUCAAUUUCAGAAUGAUGGAAACAUUUAUAAUUCUGACAAUGAAUUUGAUCAUUGAUAAUGGAAGUAAAAAUGAUUUUCCAUAUGAAUAUGCUUCAGUAUGUCUAUAAUAUCAGUUUCUCUAGAAUGAAAAAUCAUAAAACACUACCAGCACAGAUUUUCAGUGUGGUUGAAGGCUCGUAAUCAUGGAUGUAGAUUUGCACAUUGGCACCUGAUGUGUGAACAUGGGCACAAGUUCAAUUUUCACCUUGGGUACACUGAACAUUGAUAUCAUUGUGAUGUUUAAAUAAUUGUGCAGAUUAGACACAGUUGAGAUUUCUAAUUUGGCUGUAUGCUCAGGAUGGAUGAUGAUCCCCAACAGUCGGUAGAUCCAUUUUCUCACUAUUUCUUUAAAAAAUUAGUUUGUAAUUAAAAUUUCAUAUCUUGAUGUAGACAACAGUUUUCACUCUCUCAAUUGUCAUUUUAAGUCAUUCUCUUCUUGCAAUGCAAUUUCUAUGCACAUGCAUUGCUCCAGGCCUACAUCCUCCGAUAUGCAUGGUCAAUUGGAAGAGAGAUGGGUGUGGAAUUAAAUUCAUAACUGGUCAAUAAAAAAAAUUAUUCUGUUUACAUGUUGGCAAGGCACAUCUUAUGUUUUGAGGUUAUUCACAGAUUGUUCAUUUAUUGCAAAGAAAAAUCUAUCCAUCUGCUGUGUUUUGUACAUGAGAAAGAAGUGUGAUACAUUUGUAUUGGAAUGUUGAUUUUUUUUGGCACGCUCAGCUAUGUUAUAAAGGUAUAUUUCUUUUAUAAAGAAGCAUUCCUUUCAACCAAUAUUUCAAAAGAAAUUGAGGUUGCAUUUUCUGUUGCAAUUUAGUUUACCCUGAUCUGCAAUUCAAGACAGAGCUGAUAAUACCAGUGUUAGAUGCUGCGAUUGUGUCUUGUUCUACAUAUUUAAGUAAUCUGUUAAUUAAAUAUGUAUACAUUUUAAUUAUAAUUUCAGUCAUUGUCGAUAUUUAAAUAGAUGAAUAAAGACCCUAUGCAUC